GUAAAAGUAGAUUUCCGAUAGAAGGGAUCGACGUGUCGAGAGAGAACCAUGGAGCGAAACGUUGGGUCGUUACAGCAGCAAGCUGUGAAGAGAAAGGAGAGGUUAAAGGCGUUAAAAAACCGACAGCUUCAGGGCCGAGACCAGGAAGAUGGAGAGCCUGAGCGGAAGAGAGCCAUGGAAGCAGAGGAAGAAGGGGAGAAGCACAGAGAACUUAAGCUGAGGAACUACACCCCAGAGGAUGAGGAGCUGAAGGAGAGACAGGUGCCCAAAGCUAAGCCUGCAUCAGUGGAAGAUAAAGUAAAAGACCAGUUGGAGGCGGCUAAUCCAGAGCCCAUCAUUGAAGAAGUGGAUUUGGCAAACCUUGCCCCAAGAAAGCCAGAUUGGGAUCUCAAGCGAGACGUGGCGAAGAAACUGGAGAAGCUGGAGAGGAGAACUCAGCGGGCCAUUGCAGAACUCAUCAGGGACCGUCUACGAGGCAGUGAGGAGGAGCUGGCGGGAGCCGUGGGCGCAGUCGGAGUAACGGAAGGAGACUCGGACUGAACCCACGGCGCUACUGUAAAGAAAGAAGGGCAGAGACUACAGACUGUCGCCAUGGCGACGGCCCGGCUCCCCAGUGUACAGCUCUUGCUUACGUCAUCCGAAGACAGACUGUGCCGGUUGCUACGGUAGCAGCGAGAAGUGACAUGACCUCUCUGUAUGUCACCACCAGAUGUUGUGUUCCCUCAGUCACACCGUUUGAGUUUCCUGCUACAUGUGACUGGACCGAUGCAUCUAAUCAUACUUCUCACCGAGUUCCACGAUGUGGAGUGUCAUUGUGACUAUCGAUGUCUUAUUUUUGUAAGGUUUGUGUGCUUAAAGUAAAAAAUAUUUGGAUCUACCCACGGCCCGAGAGAAUUUCUGUUUGAGAUAAACCCAGACAUUUUCUUUAUUUAUUCGGAAAACCAUCUGAAAAUGUACUACCUAAUCAUCUCCAUGAAUUGACCUGUAUGCACCUAAGAAUUACUGCAACACGGAAUUCUUGCUACUCUAUUGAAUCAGUAAUUACUUUUGAUCCAAUAGUUGAGGUUGGGAUGAUAAAUACAGGGACAACAAUGAUGAGCAAAUCACAAUAAAGCUGUUUUUGAUAUUAACUAGUGUCAUCUACUGUAAGCACCUAAAAGGCCACGCUAAUCUUUAGUGCGUUCCAUCUCUUAGACUGACGCCGUGUCCUCCAUUGAGGAAGAUAUUGCACUGCAGAGGCUGGUAGCAUGACUACAAUCUCACACAAGGCUGUCAUCCCCCUUCAACUUUUUCCCUCCAAAAAUGCAAAUUAUCUUGUUGAGUUGGGGAAUAAAAACAUUCUGAACUUCACAAAACCUACACGUUAAACAUGUGAUUCGGGUGUCAAUCAAAUGGUCCAAGAGGUCAUCUGUUGCCGCACGACAGUCGGCCUCCCCUGCAUGUCACGGCCUUCAGAAACAUAGCACACUGAAAUCCAAGCUCACAAAUGACGUCGGUAACGAGGUGACUGCAAAAAAGCACAAACGUAAGUGUCACUAACUGUGGCGCUGGUUGUCUCUCGACCUAUUCGAACGUAAAGCAGCUCUCUAAAUGUGAGAAAAGUGACGAGAGAGAGAGAGGGGUGAGAUGACUCCUGGCUUUUUGGCGAGUGUCACAGGAAACUACAGUUUCUGCGAUGCAUCAAGUGUGAUGCGGAGGUCAUCUUGGCACACUUACGUGGAAGGA